AUGGAUGGAGUAAUGGAAGUUAGAGUAAGUUUUAUAUUUAUUAUUUGUACUUUAUGUUUAGGAGCCCAUUUCUGACCAAUGGAACGAGAUUCAACAGUUUUUUGGGCUCGAAUUCGACUCGCGCAACGCGAUCAAACGUUUCAAAGCGUUCAAGGAGAAUAUCGAGGCGGAUAAAGAUCAUGUUCGAGUUCAUGGGCAAUGUAGGAUUUUUUUUUGGUUUAUAAAGUCUUUUCGUUUUGUUUAUCAUUAGUUUUUAAAAAAUUUAGACUUGUUUUUGUUGGUUAUUGCAAUAUUUUUUAGACUACAACAAUAUUCACCUUGGAAAGCGAAUUUUCGGGCCGGCAAGGAAACAAAUGUUUACAUCAACGAUUGUUGGAGGUAUGGAGCGGAGAUUUGAGAUUAUUGAAAACCCGGUUAACUACAUUCCAUUUACUUCUGAUGCAUUCGAGCAGAAUUUGGACAAAUGUCGGAAUCCGAGUAAGUGUAAUAUUGUUUUUCUUGCUUUUAGGUACGUUUUGCCUUAUAAAAUACAAAUCGGAGCUUUUAGAACUACGUAGUGUUUCCUCUUUUUAACAAGUCGUAAUGUAACUAAAACUAACUUGAUAUUGUCAUAAAAAAGCUCAAUAUUGUGUUACAGGAAUCAAAUGCAAGGAUGAUACUCGAGUAAAGUUGAGAGUGCCAGCUGGCUCGGGUCGAAGUGAUUUUAUUCAUGCUAAUUGGGUAAAAGGGCCUCCAUUGUUUAACUCGUUUAUAUUGACACAAGCUCCGAUGAGGAAUACGAUCGAAGACUUUUGGACGAUGGUGACGCAAGAGAAGGUAGAGAUGUUGCUCAUGCUGAUUAGUCGAAAGGAAACUGAUCGAUGCGCGAGGUUUUGGCCGUGAGUUUUUUUUUGGAGAAAUUUUUUGAGGAUUUGAAGGCGUUAUUUUGGCGGUAUUUAUGAAAAAAUUAAUCUUAACACCUCAAUCAUGGAUAAUAUAAUAUUUUUCUUCUUUUCGUAACUUCAUUAAAUGUUUCUAGAUCAUCUGGCAAUACCUUACAAUUUGGCCCAUUUUCAAUCUUCACACGCCAUUCCGAUUCAAUUGGCAAGAUCAUAACUCGAUAUUCAAUUCAAGUGAACUUUGUUGAGCCAGAGACUAACGAGUCCAAACAAUACAAGGUCAUUUUGUUCCAAGGAGAUUUGAACAAUUCCGACAAUCUUUAUGCCAUUAUCUUCUUACUGAAUCAGGCUCGACUUUGUAAAGGACCAACUGUGGUUAUCGACCAUUUGGGGAUCAGCAGAGGAGCUUGUUUAUUGUCUGUGGAGAUUUGCUUGAUGAGUAUUAUUAGAGGGCCCUAUUAUAAGGUAAAAUACGAGCUUCGUAAUUGACGGUUAAAUAGCAAUAGUUUUAAAAAACUGGCAAGAACUUUCUUUACAAAACAAAAAACUUUAAAAAAUUCCUCACAAAACAAAAAUGGCGAGAACUUUCUUUACAUAACUGAAAAUUAAAAUAAAAAAAAAUAAUUUCAGCACCCAGCUCAACGUGCUGUUCACUUUCUCCGUUCUUGUCGCCCUUUUUCCGUUGAAACUCCAAUGCAGUACAUAUUUAUUCAUCGUGUACUAUUACACUUAUUCAGAGGUUAUUGUGGUCCAGCUAAGCUGUUCGAAGAGGAUUAUGCUCGCUGGUUGAGGUCAAGAUCGACGAGGUUGUUUGUGGAUGAUGUUAAUGGACCAGUAAGGCUUUUUUGUCUAUUUUUUAGGUCUGAGGGGCACAGAAUUAUUUGAACAACUAAUAGGCAAAAGACCUAUUUUAAGUAUUCUAAAACAAAAUAAAGGUAAAAUAAGAUUAAAAAUUAUUUUUUCAGAUCCCACCUCAUCGUCUCCUGUCACCUCGAGUCGAUCCAGACCUAUUAGCUCAAGCCAACACCAAACCCAGGCCAAAUGUGAGACGAGAGAUUCAUAACAAUAUUGGAGAACUUCCACAAGCUGCUGAACGGUCCGAGACUUCUUAUGCUCUACAUCUACCCAACAAGUAUCCAAGAGGAAAACGGUACAUUUACUAA